GUGAGCAGGGUUACCAUUGUGUCCACUGACUAAGGCGCGGUAAAUCUUGUGUUUGUGUGUUUAAUAAAUAUACACAAGAAGCCCUGGAGGAAGAGGUGUUAUAUAUUUAGUUCAUUCUUUGAAACUGAAUCUGCUCAAAGUUUUCAAGCCACCAACUAACAGUAGUAUCUCCUGGCAACAUGCUAGAAUAUUGAAGAUGAAUGGAAAGAAUUAUGAUGCAUAGGAAAUCCAAGUUGGAAUGUAACUGAAGUACAGAUAAAGAUUAGUUUUCAGCUCCUGAGGAGCGGGGGGAGGAACAUAUAAAUUGUUCAUCACAAGCAAAAAAAAAUCAAGGUAACAGGCUCGGAGAAAUGAAGUUUGAAAGGAUUAGAUGUUGCUCCUGAAAAGAAGUGCAAAGUCCAACGUGGUUUCGAUAAAAUGACUUCGAAGCAGCCUUUCCCCGCAGAUGACUUCGGUAUCUACUACGUCCUUUCAGAGUGCACAGAUCACUAUGACACCACCCCGGUUGGCAACGCUGAGGAGGACCAGCCCCAUUGCCAGGGUGUGACCGGCCUGCGGAACUUGGGCAACACGUGCUACAUGAACGCCAUCCUACAGUGUCUCUGCAGCAUCUCGCCGCUGGUGGAAUACUUUCUCUCCGGAAAGUACAUCACUGCUCUUCAAAAGGACUGCAGUAAGGUUGCCACUGCCUUCGCCUACGUCAUGACUGACAUGUGGCUCGGAGACGCAGACUGUGUCUCACCGGAAAUAUUCCUGUCAGCUCUUGGCAACCUCUACCCAGCAUUUAUGAAAAAGACACAACAAGAUGCUCAGGAAUUCUUGAUUUAUGUCCUGAACGAACUUCAUGAAUCUCUGAAAAAGUGCCACCGAGUAAGAUCCUGUGAGAAAAGGUCUGUGCCAAGAUGCUGCAGGAAGGCGAUCGCCAGUGAGUCCUCCAUCGUCACCCGGCUCUUUGAGGGGCAGCUCAGCUCCAGCAUCAUGUGCGUGAAGUGUGAGAACUGCACCUACAAGAACGAAGCCUUCACGGUCCUCUCCCUCCCCAUCCCAUCGGAGCACAAGUGCUCUCUUCAGGACUGUCUCCAGUGUUUUUUCCAGCAAGACACACUGACCUUGAACAAUCAAAUUCAUUGUUCCUUUUGUGAAACAAAGCAAGAAACAGUGUUGAGGGCCAGUAUUUCCAAAGCACCAAAAAUAAUGAUUUUUCACUUAAAAAGGUUUGACAUUCUGGGUACAAUGAAAAAGAAACUGAGAACAGAUAUUCAUUACCCACUCACUAACUUGGACAUGACUCCUUACAUCUGUCCAAUUUUUCGGAAACAUCCUAAGUAUAACCUCUGUGCAGUGGUGAACCACUUUGGCGAUCUGGACGGUGGCCACUACACUGCUUUCUGCAAGAACUCAGUGACCCAAGCCUGGUUCAGCUUUGACGAUACACGAGUCAGUGAGAUUCCAGAUACUUCGGUUCAAACUGCUACAGCCUAUCUCCUGUUUUAUAGCUGCCAGCCCUUUUCUAUACCUAUAGAAAGAUGCAUGAGCUAGGAAAGUGGUGUUUCCUGAAAGUUGCAAAACAAGCAAUCAGAAACUAGCACUUAAGUUUUGCUUUAUUAAAUUCUUGCAACUUACUUGCAUCAGUGUUAUUUUUCCUUCUGGCAUAUGUGCAACCUUAUAUAAGUAAGCCUAUAGCCAAGAAGGUGGGUCCUUGCACGUUGAAAAAGGCAGAAUGAGCAUAACGCAAUGCUAAUGGCCAAGGGCUUAGAAAAGUGCUACAGGUUACAUAGUAAAUUCAAGCUUCAAAAUUCAAUGUUUAUUAGGGUAGAUUUUUAUCAAAGUAUCUCAUAAUUAUAUAUAUGUGCAUAGAUAUAUCCCACAAAUUAUUUCCCAAAGAUACGUAAUGGAACAAAAAUAACUUUUGUCCAAGUGGCUCUGUGAGCUAAGAAUGUGACUGAAAACUAUCUAACUGGAUAAUUUAGCCAAGAAGCUAUGUCUCUUAGACUAACUGCUGAACAUGAUAAGCUGUCAACUUCGGUAUUCCAAACCCCUCCUUUCAUCUUCUGCUUGAGCGUCCCCCAGUGGUGACACCUUUCAGAAGCGCCCUUGGAGUGUUUUCACCGAGUUCAUGUGAAGCAACUGAGUCUCCGAGGUAAAGGAUAAACCCUAAGCUCCUCUACUUCUUUUAAUAUAACGCUUUGUGAAGAUGUGGUUCCUACUGCAGUUCAUUUCGCAGUCACGCCUCACUCCUAGUCCUUUUUACCUUAACCACAAGGUUUCUACUACCCUCGACAGAAUGACUCUCAGUCCUGUUUCUUACUGUGACUCCCGACUCUGAGAACCGUAAGUGCUACAUGCAGUCCGGGUAGAGUUGAAGGAAAAGUGGGAUUGAGUCCUGAUGCCAACAGGGUAAGCAAAUGAAAUUUUAAGUCACUAGUGGAAUAAAGUGUGUGUGCGUGUGCGCAUAAAACCUACAGUUCUACUGUCCUAUAUUUGAUCAUACAAAUUAAAGACAGAAC